CCCGGUCGCAUUUGACAGCGGGACCAACACGGAGCAGCAGCAGCAGCUAUGGCUAAAAGUGAUGGAUGCGACUACUUUAAACGGACAAGCAACUUCUGGAUCAUCUCCGUCACAUUGGCAGUGGGAUAUUUUACCUGCAUUGUGUUUGCACCAGAAAAAAUUCCAUUCCAAUACCUCGGACCGUUCGGCACCUUCUGCACAUACCUGGUGGAGAAUCACUCUGAGUUAAUGUACAAAGGAUGGUGGGCGGCCUUUGCCAUCCAUGUCUUUGAGUCUUUGGUGGCACUGAAGGUCUGCAGUAACAAAGGCAUCCACAGCGUCUCCACUCGUUGCCUGUGGUUCGUCCAGACCUUCCUGUUCGGCUUCGCCUCCCUCGGUCACCUCCUCAAGUACGACCCCAAACGUCCGAAACAGCAGUGACCCCAACAGGACACCACCACCACAGAUCAACACUGCAUAAGCUGAACCUAGGAAAUGGAAAACACACCCUCGUUGCCUUAGAAAUGAAAGAAUGCUGAAGUGAAGAUUUAAGACACAAGUAUUUCUUACAUUUAUAAUUAGAGGAGUUUCUUGGAAUUUACUGACUUUGUACUUCGUCGAAUUUUUCUUUCCUCUUUUUUACUUUUAACAUAACACUAAUGAUAUAAAGAGUUCUUUCAGGAUCCAAUUCAAUAUUUUGUGCAAUAGCGUGAAGUCUUAAAAUGGAAUAGUUUCAUUCUCUGAUGUUUACAUUCAAUGCUGUUUUCUUACAUCAUGUCCAGGUAAGAAGGUACAGUAAGAAAGGACGAGUGCCGUGCCUAUAUUGAAGUGCUUUGACUUAUUUUUAACCACAAACUGGAAAUUCUUGAUGUAAAAGAUGCAAAAGUAAAUGGUGAUUUACCGACUGUG